UCGUGAUAUCAUCAGGAAGGCAGUCAAGGCUCCAGUGGGGCUUCGGAGGAGCCUGUGGAGGGAGUCAUAGCCUGGCUGUCAUCACUGGAGGCACCAGGGAUAGGUAGGACACAGCUGCCUCCGGCCUGAGUUUGGGAAUCUCCACAAUCAAGUGCAGGCUGGACUGUGGAUUCUGAGCAGCCUUGCUGGACAGCGGCAGAUACUCUGCUGUCCCCACUGCUCCACGCCCGCACCCCCAGCUCUGCCCCCUGGGCCGAGCUGCCAUGCCUGACACGCCAGUGGAGGAGUCCCUCUUCAAUAUCAUCCACUGCUACCACCAGUAUGCAGCCCGUGGAGGGGAUGUGGAGACCUUGUCUCUGGAGGAGCUGGGAGCCCUGCUGAUGGACAACGUGCCCCACUUCAUGGAGACCUUGGGCCGGAAGGAGCCCUACUACAUUGCACAGUUGUUCCGGGCAGCAGACAAGAACAAGGACAACCAGAUCUGCUUCGACGAGUUCCUCUACAUCCUGGGCAAGCUGGUGAAGGACUAUCACUUGCAGUACCACCGGCAGUUGUGUGCCCAUUACUCUGCCCAGCACAACCUCUACUAGAGGGAAGGCAGAUGGAGCCUGUCCCCAGGAGAGGUGUGACCUGGCCAUGGGCAGCAAACAGGAGGACUCUGCUGUGUGUGUGUGUGUGUGUGUGUGUGUACCUGUACAGACCCUGUCACAUGUGUUUCUGGGUAUUAGUUCAAGAGAAGUGGUCUCUACCCUGGAGAACACCCAUUUCCAGGGGGACUCAGCGUUGGCUUCUGGCUUUCACUGUGAAGAGGAGGCUCUUGUCCCAGGCAGGUGACCCUCUGAUAAGGAAGCCAGGCCUCACCAGUGCUGUCACUGUUCAUUCAUCACCUGUAUGCACAGGAUAGGAGCAGAGGCUCACAAGCAGGGCUGCACUGGGCCUGGACCCCAUUUUUGAAGGUGUUCUGCUCUGAAGCAAGCUUCAGUGAACUGGCACCAAGAGGGACUGGCCUGGGCCUGGGAAGUGCAAGAAAGCGGGGAGGGUGCAUUUCCAAAUGAGGAAACAGUGGGACCAGUGUGCUAUGCCCAGGCACAAUAAAAAGUUUGCUUGGAAAUUAACGUCCCAGGAGAAUAUUUGAACUCAGUGUGAAUGGGUGGGUCAGGGCCAGACUAAGGAAGUCCUCAAAAGUUGAGCAGUGGGCUUUAGAUAGUGGGAUCCUGAGCACUUGUGUAAGGAAGGGGCAGGGCGGUGUGAUCAGCUCUGUGCUUCCAGAAACCAGCUGGGGGCCACAGCAACAGACCUGACAGGGAGAGACUGGGCCCUUUCAGUGGCUCCUGUGCAGCCCGGGCACAGGACAGUGAGGACCAGCUCAGUAGCUGCAGGCAGCAACAGAAGGGAGGCAGUCCACAUUAGGGAAGUGAGAACGUCAAAGUCUCAGAUCUCAGCUUUAGACUGAGCGAGAACAGGGAUACAGAUGCGAUCGAAGUUUCAGGUGUUGAUAACUGACGGAAAGGUGAUGUGGGUCAUGAGUAUCACGGUUGUCUGGGCUGGGAGCCACCAUGCUCAGGAAGACCGAAGGUCAGGUUUUGUGGCUGCUGAGUUGGAGAAGGAAACAAGACCGGAGGCAACAACCCAGGCGGGCGGAACUGUUGACAUCUGUCAUGGGAUUAGUAAUGAGGGAAACCUGGGAGAUUGUGAACAAGGAAGGCUUCCUGAAGGAGGGAACCGGUGGGUCUGGUUAUUACUAAUAAAACACGAUGAUGA